AGAUAGAUAGAUGAUAAUUAUGUUAUUGCAGUCUGUUUAAUGAUUGAUUGGCGUGGCUAGCUGAGUCCAAUCCAAAUGUAGAAUUUGCUCAUUUCAAGGCCAGCCUAACUUGCUGCCUUCCCUGAACUCACACACAUUGCAACAUUUUUUAUCUUUGGACACGAGUUUUACAUUAGCCAGCAUGGCCGCCUUGCGUGCAGCCAAACAAGCUAUGAGGAGAGAAAUAAAGAAACGAGUAGCUGCGUUGGACGAUCAAGAGAAACUUCGCCAGUCUCGAGUCAUUUCGCAAAAGCUCUUCAAACACCCCAAGUAUGCCAGGUGUGAGCGCAUCGCUGUGUUCCUCAGCAUGCACGACGAGGUGAGAACAGAGGAGAUCAUUCAGGACUUGUUUAAGCACGGUAAGACCUGCUUUAUGCCCAAGUACUUGACCCAGGGCACCAGUAACCACAUGGACAUGGUGAAGCUCACCAGCAUGGAGGAUAUGAUGUCACUGCCUCUGACUUCCUGGAACAUCAGACAGCCUGCCGCCGACGACAACACCAGAGAGGAGGCCUUGGAGACAGGUUAG